UCCUUGAUAUUAAGGAGACAAGUCAUGGAUUCACCGGCUGAAAAAAGCCGACAAAAAUGUCAAAACUUUGUCGUGUCGGAUACUGAGAAUUCAGUAGAGGAUUUCUAUCGGAUUUACAGGGCUAACAUUCCCCAGAUCAUAAGGAUAAAGGAGGGGGAAGGAAAGGGAGGAAAAUUCAACGUCACACCUGUGAAGAAAAGUCAGACGUUUUUCGUUCACAAAGUUUGUCGAGAAAAAAGAGUGACAGUUGACGUUAUGAAGAGAGGGAAGAAAUGUAAGACGAUCUCAGUUCCCGUCUCUCAUCCUGCCCGAUUCUGUCUGGCAGGAAGCGAUAGUGAAUCACCUGAUUUUACCAUGAAAGAAAUUUUAGACAUCAACACAUUCCCUUGUGAUGUCAUAGUUUCUCCUAGAUGUCAUUUCCGGAUUAAACUGGGUGAAAACAAAAAGAUGAAGGACGGUAUUGUACUCCGUCUGAAGGAAACUUACGAAGAAACAUAUCUGCUGGGAAAUCCUAUCACUGAAGCAACUAUCAGUAAACUUAGUGACGAGGUGGUGCAGAUUUCCCGUGGGCCCACUUUGAAUGUGGUGACAGGAAUAGAAGGAUUCGCAGGAGAGUGGUCGACAUAUCUCCAGCUGAUAUCUAAUGUUCUAACCUCUCAUCAAAUAGACAGUUGUAACUCUGGCAUGUAUUCACAAUUCAAUUGUCUAGUAUCAAUAUUUGUUGCUACUUUAUUUGUAGAUUUUACACCUUACCAAGAUUAUAAUCCAAGCAUUGUUUGCUCCGAUUCUCAUCCCAUCUUUUGUAAUUAUGUGACAGUCUCGAGAGAUUUCCAUCAAGGAGAUGGUCAUAAAUACGAAGAUCUACAAAAACUGAACAGGAAACGGAAAGAUUAUGAAAUCAUAUGGAUUCCGACCACUGGCAAGCAUUUAUGUGAUACUAGACCGGAAAUUCAACCCAAACUCACAAGUAAAUCAAAAAAGAAAAGUGAAAGUACAAGCGACCUCUAUGAUGUGGGCUGGGACCCAGUCACAGGAAGAGCGUUGUUAAACGGAGAAAUUUUGAAUACUUCAGCUGUGACAGAACAACGAAAAUCAGCCACAACUCCUAGAGAUUACAAACCAGAGGUGUCUAAAAAUGAAAAUUUUUCAAAACCUUCUCCGGAAUUUCAGAAGAGUUCUAUACUUAUUUCUGAUCUCCCUAAACCGAAACCUAAGAAAUUUUUAAGUUUGAGGAAGGCAGAGAAUGAAAAACCAGAUGGUCAAAAGCUACACAAACUAAGGAAAGCUCGUAGCGAAGACGGUGAAAGUGGAUCGAGGUUUGGGCAGUUGGAUUCGAACUCCAACGAUUUCCAUUCGGAAGAAAAAGCAAUAGAGCGCAUGCGCGCCCUACCGACGAUGUCUAUUUCAGACGUAACAUACUGGCUGAAAAUUUUAAAAAUAAAGUGUGUGGAUAAGUUUGUAGAACAGGCUGUAGAUGGCGCUCUUUUGAUGGAUUUAUCGGACGAUUUACUGAUGUCAUCGGACUUUGGAAUGUCCAGAAUUGAAGUGUUUAAACUGAGAAAAUUUAUCAAAGAAGGCUACGUACCAAAACCAUAAAAAAACUGAAAUUCCAAUAUAUAUCGGCACCGGAAUCGUAAAUUCCUCUUUCACCCAUACAUGCAUGCUAUUUUAUUUUAUAAAAUACAUGUAUAUAUUCUUCUUUUAUGAAUAUUUUCGUGAUCACAUAAUUUACUGUGACGGAUAACAAUCACUUCUGUUUACAGCAAUUUAAU